AAACCCGGAUCCGACAAGGGACAACUAAACAGUCAGAAAGAGGAGGUGGCGCGUUAUGUGUAAAAGAAUGAACAGUAGUUCCUGUCAUUGGAUUUGCUGGUUGGGGUGCUUUGUGUUUGUUCCUGCCCGGUUUCCCCAUAAUGGCUGAGGAAGAGGAUGAUCCUGGUUUUGAUGAGGAUUUAGACGACGGAAGUAACGGGGUAGACUCGGGCCAAGGUAAACGAAAGCGGCUUUUUUCCAAGGAGCUUCGCUGCAUGAUGUAUGGGUUUGGAGACGACCAAAAUCCCUACACCGAAUCAGUGGAUAUACUGGAGGAUCUGGUGAUCGAGUUUAUCACGGAGAUGACACACAAGGCGAUGUCUAUAGGGCGCCAGGGUCGCGUGCAGGUGGAGGACAUUGUGUUUCUCAUCCGCAAGGACCCUAGAAAGUUUGCGAGAGUGAAGGACUUGCUCACUAUGAACGAGGAGCUGAAGAAGGCUCGCAAAGCCUUUGACGAGGCAAAUUAUGGGUCUUGAAAUAGACCAUCUGUUGCUAUGUUGUUCAUGCAAUCCACGUGAAGAAAGAUUGUUUUAUUGUUGCCUUUAAUGGAGUUUUAGCUACUUGUUGUAAACCCUAGCCCUCUUUCUUACAGCUCUGUGUUGUUUCAGUUGCUUGACGGUUCACAGUUAAUUUGAAUGGUCAUUUCUAUCAUUAUUUAAGGCUUUUUCAGUUGUACAAUAAA